AAACGGAUUCCCCGGCACGUCAUGAUGAAUGGAGCGAAGCAGAAGGGCGCUGCGUUAAUUCUGACGUGCAGUAAGGUUAGGUUGGCUCAGUGGCCAUGGCGACGGCCUGAGUCUAGUUGGCGGUUAGGUUGUCAAUGAGGAGGGCCUGGUAAUUUUGCCAUCCCCACACCAUUUCAUAAAGUUCAUCAUUUUGUUACGUGAAGUCAUCAAGAUGAGGGGACUGUAUUGCCAAUUGGCAGAAUCUAAUGAAGAUAUAAAGUUUGUGUUUCAAGAUAAGGAAUCUCUUCCUAUUGUACAUGAUCAUUAUGUCAAAAUACAGGUUAAAGCUUGUGCAUUCAGCCCUGUGAACACAAAGCUACUGGCGGAGUUAAGAGUACAGGAAGAUUUCUUACCAAUUGGAAGAGAAGUUGCUGGCGUCGUUAUUGAGGUUGGACCAAAAGUGAGCUUCUUUAAGCCAAAUGAUGAAGUGGUUGGUAUUCUUCCUUUGGAUUGCACAGAGUCUGGACUCUCAAAUACAUUGUUGGUUCAUGAGCACAGUCUUGUAACUAAACCAGAAAAUGUGAGCUGGGUGGAUGCUGCAGGAACUAUUCGUGAUGGACUACGUGCAUAUAUGGCCCUGCAUACACUCUCUCAUGUCAGUGCUGAAACAACGGUUCUAGUAAUGGAUGGAACAAAUCCAUUUGGUACUAUUGUUAUUCAAUUGGCUCAUCAUCGAGGUGCAAAAAUAAUUUCUACUGCGCACAACAAUGAGGACAAAAAGUACUUGGAAGGAUUAAGGCCGACAGUUGGCAUUCGACAACCUUUGAUAGCCAGAGUGAUCAACUUGUCUGACAGUAAGGUUGACCUUGUAGACAGCUGUUUGGAAGAAACGGGUGGUCUAGGCGUGAACAUUGUGGUGGAUUGUGGAGUUAUAGUGCAGCUCUACAGCAAGGAAGAUGAGCCAGCUGUCAAACAACAUCUCCCACAUAAACAUGACAUUCUCAGUCUUCUAGCUGUUGCGGGUCACUGGAUAACAACAGAGGGGAAUCUACAGCUAGAUCCACCAGAUAGUCGACUUCUAUUUUGUAAAGGAGCAAGUAUUUCAUUUCUGAAUGAGGAAGUGUGGCAACUAUCAAAUAUGCAACAGGGGAAGUAUCUGCAUAUUUUGAAGGACGUGAUGGAGAAGCUGUCCAUCGGAACAUUCCGGCCUCAGUUGGAUGAACCCAUUCCAAUAUAUGAAGCCACCGUUGCCAUGGAGAUGGUUCAGAAGAACCAAGUCAGAAAAAAGCAAGUCGUUCAGCUCUGAAACAGUGUCAUGAUAACUAAUUCCUGUGAACAGCUAAAAGACUGGUGCUGACUUCAGAUGUAUCUGUGUUGUCUUGGGGCAAAUGCUUCAAUUCCACUUCAGUAAUUUUGCAUUUAAGUUAUUUUUCUCCCAUUUAUAAUAAGUUGUUUGUUACUGAAAAGCUUUGCUAUUACUCUGAUAAGGACUUGCUUUCUCCACAUACUUGACCUUGGGACAAAUUUUGAAUUAUUUUAAAAACAUUCUGGAAUCUAAAAUCUGAUACUUUUUUCAUUUUAUUUUACUAGUUUGGUGGUAUCUGUAAUCUCUUAUCAGUUUGCUGCAGCAUCUUUUCAACAGCAGAAUGAUUGAUGAUAUGUUCUCAGAGAGUUGUGACUGUUAAAAUACAUCCACCCUUUUUAUUAGGUACAAAUAAUUGACUACCCGAUCAAGAUAAGGAUGUGAAUAAAUGGCUUAAUAGUGGGUUCCUCUACUGAUGGAUCUUGCAAGUGUUGCCAAAAAAUAAUUAGAUAGUAUUUUUAGCCAAAGGAAUUGCAAUAACACAACCAAUUGUACAACAGCAGUGUUACAAAUCUGAAUCAACUGUACUGAAUUUAAUGAAUUCUUUGUUGAGAUUCUGCAGCAUUUCCUAAUUUACUCCUCCCUAACAAAACUUAGCAUAGAAACCAAAACUGAUAGCUUUAAAUUACCUAAGCAUCCUCAUGCAACAUAAUUUUUCUUUCGUUAUCUGGGUUUGGGUGAACACUUGAGUACUCCUGUUCCCACUUAUGAUGUAUCCACCAAUCUCAGCUAAAUUCAACAUUUUUUUUCAAGACUGACUAAUUUGGAUUGUUUAUAAUUCUUUGCAUAAGCUUUGAUGAGCAUGUUCACAUAAACCUGGGCCCCUGUGAUCACACAGAAAUCAUUCUCUUCUGGGCUAAAGCAAUUCAAUCAGCCCAGUAUGGAAAGCCUGCUUGCUAGAGUUUCAUUUUGUUUGUCUGUGUCAAUAAAAUCUGAUGCAUUGGA